AUGGCUCAAGCACAAGUCCUACCUUCGUCCCACUUCACCCUCAGCGGCCAUCCCAGCGUAGCAAGCAGAGACGAUAGUUGGCCCGGAGCCACCACUGCCACCACGCAGGAGGUUUCCGUCCUCGAAAUCGAAGUACACUCGCCUCAGACUACCGCGAAUCUGCUCGAAGCCUCCUCCUCAGCCAUCAUCUCCGACUACUUCACCCCAAACCACAACGAGUGGCAUAACGCAAAAGCCCACUGCGCGUCCAACUACGAAUUCAUCGAUGUAAACGAUCACGCAGCAUGUCUGCCACACAGUACAGAUCUGGAGACCUUCAUGUCAAACAUGGAAGCGCAACGGAAGGCUUACACGACUUUCGUCAUGACCUCCCAUAAUUACACGGCUUUUGUCGAUGAAGAGCUGGGCUUGGUUGUUAUGACGUUCAUCUUUCGAGGGCACAAUACUGUGGAUGAUCAGGCGACGGUUCGGGAGACUACUGAUCGGUUGAUGCGGAGGCGGAGGGAGGACUGGACGUGGGAGUUUUAUCUGCAUUUGCAUGGAGGGAGGAGUGGGGCGUUGUAUCCUUGA